UUUCUCCCUGCUCGGUGGCUUUUCGAUAAUCGGCCGUUGCAGAAUACGAAAAACCUUCCCACCAAGGCAAAGAAGAAUGUACCACGUCGAGCUGCUGCCCGGGUCUACGACCCACGCCACCCCGGGCUGGACCUACGUGCCCGAUCGAGGCUUCGACCCUGCCAAAGCAGCCAUCACACCCACCAUCGGCCGCAAACGCGGCAUCCGCGACCCCGGCCGAACAGAUCUAUCCUCCCGACAGACCAACGCGAUCGUGCGUCAUUUGGCGGAACUCGAUCGCGAGAACCAUCGUGAUGUUCACAUUCCCGUUCCUGUGAGGCAGAAAGAGCCUGCUGCUCCGCGAGGAACACGCACAAAGACAACCUCUAAUGUCCGCCGCAUCCUGCAAUCCCAAAAGACCUUCCGCAACUACCUCGACGACGAAGAAGCCGCCCUCGCCUCCGCCUCCACGAACCAAACCAACACCACCACGACAACCACCACGACAACCGCCAAUCCCCUCAACCGUAUUGCAAAACCCGCCUCUACAGCCAAACAAACAGGAACAACAACCGGACCCUCCUCCCGCGCCUCAACAGCCCAGCCAACCCCCUCAGCAGCCCCCGAAUCCACCUCUCCCUCAGCAGCAGCAGCCACAACCACCCCCGAAACGGGGGAAGCAGCAGCAAUAGCAGAAGAAGAAUCCAAACCAAAUACCACAACCCUCAUCCGCUCCGAGCACGACUCCAACCCUUUACUCCGCUCGUACCUCCCCACUGCCCCGUCGGAGCGCAUCAUGCAGGCCCUCCUGGCCGAGCCGCCGUUAACCUACAACGCCUCGCGCGCGGGGCCGCCGCUCGCGCCCCGCCGCUCGCCGCGGUAUUUUUGCUGCAUGUGCGGGUACUGGGGGAAGAUACGGUGCAAGAACUGCCAUGCGCGGACGUGCGGGUUAACGUGUUAUAAGGUACACGAGGAUUCGAGGUGUGGGGCGUUCUUUUGA